AUGGAGGAGGUGGAUCAGCUUGUAGGCACCACAAGGGCGACGGCGCCUUCCUUCUCACGUUGGCGGCUGGUGGCGAUUUCGGCAGCGGCGCUUGGGGCCUGUUGCCUCGGCGCCGCCCGUUGGCUCUCCGCUGCCCCCACCCAGUCGGAGCCGCAAAUGCCGCCGUCGCUUGCCACGUCCAAGCCAGCGCUCCAGGUGGCGCGCGAAAUGGGCGUGGAGGACAUGAUGGAGGUGCUGCACGUGGAUACGGGCCGGAACAGGAGCAAAGAACUGCAGAUUGACGCUCUCCAUCGGCAGCUGCAGGCGAUCGUUGCAGAUCCUCUGGCCGUGCCCAUCGCCGCGUGCACCAUCGAUGUGUAUUUGGUGGCCACCUUCAUCGCUACACUGGGGAACAUCAUCAAUGGAGCAGUGAAGGGCUGCGACCGGGCGAGCACCGCCCACAAUGUCAUCACCGCGGACCGCUUCGCGGAUAUCAUCAGGAUCGACCUGUUUCGGGAGGACCAGAGGCAGAAGCUCCUGGACCUUUUGGAUCAAGCCUGCCGCAUCGGCAUCGAGACCUCCGUGGCCCUGGUGAGCUUCAUCGCCGCCUUCUUGGCCCGCGCGGCCUCCGACUGCGCGGCCUCGGUGCAACAAACCCCCAACCUCCCGGCCAACUGCGCGGGGGACGUGGCGCUGCUGCCUGCCGCCAUCAGCUUCCUGGCAGCCUCUGCGGAGACCGUCCAGGCCACUUGCACCAACAUCGGCACGAAGGUGGAAAUCGACGCUGACGUGACGGCGAUUGACAUCAGCUCAGCCUUUGCGAGACGCCUGAGCACCCCCGGCCAAAUAGCGAAGGACGCCAAGGUGGAUCAGGCGCGGCAGAUCAUCCUGCAGCGCCUGCCAAGCCUAGGCCCCGUGGGCGGCUUCAUCUGGGACAACAAGGAGUGGCUGAAAAUCAAGCGCCACAUCAAGAAGGGCAACGCCCGGCGCGACCAGCUGGUGAAGUGCGGUUUCGACAUCGCCUCCUUGGUGGGCUUUACCGCGGCCACGGGGCUCUUCGUGACCGCAGGCACGCUGGAAUGCCCUGCAGCCGAGAAGCUUGACAAUGAGAACUUCAAGAUGGGGUGCAGCCUGGACAUCUCAGCGGUGGUCGCAGCCUUGACCACCAUUGCCGGGUACAUCGGGAUUUUGGCCACGGAGUGUCCGGAGGAGCCCAACAAGCCGGCGGUGAAUCUCUGCGUGACGGGUUCCUUCAACAUCGUGGCCUCCGUGAGCUACCUGGCCGCGGCCUUCAGCGAGGUGAAGCGCAGUUGCGCCCCGACGCCGGCGGAGACCCAGGAGCCGCUGGCGGCCGAGGACGCCGAGGGCUUCCUGUGGGAAGAGAACAUUCCAGAUCGAGAGGUGCAGAUCCCCUGGUGCCACGGUGUGGACAAUGGCGUCUGGCUCAUCAGAGAUUCCGCUUUCAACCGGGAAGGGGCCAGCUCCGUGGUCAAGUUGAACCCCCAAUCUAAGCUUUUGCGCUCUCCUCACUCAGAAGCGAGCGAGGGCCUCAUGUCAACGCCAGAGGAGACGCCAGAGGCCGAGGAGCCCAUCGCUGCUCCUCUCUUUGAUGCGAAGUACGCACUAAUUGGACGCCGCCCCUUUGCAAAAGGUGGCUUCAGUUCGGUGUGGAAAUGCCGUCGAAGAGGCUCAGACGGCGACGAAUUCGCCCUGAAGCGGAUCGAUCUGGUCGGGCACCUCCCGGCACAGUUGGACGGGAGGAAGAAGCGCUUGCGCCGAGUACGGGUGAUCUACGGCAAUGUGGCACAGCUCAGCAACUCAUGGACUCUUUGGGAGGUUCUGGAUGGUGCCGCCUGGCACCUGGCGCCCUGCGAGCGGAGCGAUGAGCGGAGCGCCAGCGCUGGCGACGGCGUGCGCGCGCCCGAGGCGCGGCGCAUGUCGCCGGCGGAGGCGGCCUGUGCGCUGAAGUGCUCCGACUCGGAGCCGGUGCUGGACCGGUUCGGCCGCUUCUGGGCGCAGCAGGACUCCUUGCUGUCCUGGGAGCAACUGGAUGACUUCUGCAACCCCGGCGUCACCCGCACUUUGACGGUGGCCGUGGCGGUGUGGAAUCACAGCAUCUACUGGAAGAAGUGCCACAGCGAUGCAGAGGACGGGAACUGCAUGCGGCCGCUGAAGGACAAAGACACCUGGCGCUGGCUGCGCAUGCUGCAGGAGGUGCUCGAGGUGGUGGAUCUGACGGACGCCCUGAUGCUCGUUCAGUGCGGGGACGAGCCCAACGUGCCAUGGGAGGAGGAGCCGUUUCCGGUGUUCCAUCCUGAGUCCGGCGAUGGAUUCUGGAACAUCCCCUGGUUGAACCCGUUCCACCUGAAGGCGCUCCAUGCGGGGCUCCUGGAGAUGAGCGCGGAGGAGCUCUGGGAGUCGAAGAUCCCCAAGGUCUACUGGCGCGGCACGCUGACGGCGCCCAACGAUGUGCCGCGGAGCCAGGCGGGGCAGCUGCCGCGGCUGAAGAUCUUCGAGCUGGCGCGGCAGAUGCCCGCCUGGUUCGACGUUGCCGUCACCGGCAUUGACGACCAUCUGAAACAGAUGUGGGGGAAGAAGUGGGUCAAGAAGCUGGCAAAGCAGCAGGGCGUGCGCUUCGCAAAGUUCGAGGACAUUGUCCUGGCCGCGCCGCGGUACCGCUUUCUCCUGAACCUCAAUGGCGUGGUGUCGUCCUGGCGUUUGACGCAUCUGCUGCGCAGCGGCUCGGUGCUGCUGCUGCAGAACUCCUCCAGCAACGAGGCGCUCUUUCAGCUCCUGGAGCCCUGGAGGCACUACGUGCCCAUCGCCGCGGAUCUGUCGGAUCUGGUGCACACUGUGUCGCUGCUGCAAGACGACGACGCCUUGGCCCGGCGCCUGGCUGAGGCGGCUGCGGAGCUCUUCGCGCGGAGACUGCGGCCGGAGGACACCUACUGCUUCGCCCUGCGGACUCUGGAAGCCUCCGCCUCGCCCAAGCUGCAGGUCACCAAGGAGAAGCUCGAGCUCCGAUCCUUCGCCGCCGCGCCGAGCAUGGAGCGGCUGCACCAGGCCUGGCCCCGGGCGGUGCCGCGCACGCUGCGGCAGCGGCUGGCCGCAGGGCGAGAAGAGCUGUGA